GAAUAGAGGUGAUGAUAAAAUAUUGGAAUCAAUAACAACGAGAUUAGUAUAGCUUUAGGAGAUAGAUGGUAAAAUAAAUAAUUUUCCUGAGUUUUUGUAGCUAUCGAUAUGUCUGCAGGAUCUGUGAAAAGUUGUGGAUUCUUUUUUGUUUUUCUUGUGCUGUGUCAUGUCUUGACGGUAGAGGCCGCACCUAUGACAGACAUAACAACGGACCCAUGCCCAUGUCGUUGCUGUUCGGUCAAGUCUCGUAGCGACUGUAGCCGGUAUUACCUGUGUGUGGACAAUGUCAGAUUUUCCAAGAAGUGCAACAAUGGUCUCGUUUUUAAUGAAGAUAUCCAGAACUGUGAUUAUAAAGAGAAUGUUAUCUGCCCUAAUAAACCAUCCGUCCCUGAGAACUUCACGUGCCCCUCGAUAGCAGGGCUCUUCCCUUACGAGCCGGACUGCUCCUGGUAUAUACAAUGUUCUCACAGAAUUCCUUACGUCAUGCCAUGCCCACCAAAUCUCUUGUUUAACCGAGAGGAAAAGGUGUGUGACUAUAAAGAAAACACGGAUUGUAUGGGAAAUUAUCCUUGGCCGACUGAUAUUCCAGGUGUGUCGGAUGAAGAACUGUACAUCUUGAAGUGGAAAUGUCCUGAGCUGAGUGGGAUUUUUGCACACCCCAAAUCCAUUUUCAAAUAUAUCAUUUGUAAAGGUGGCGCACCAAGCAUAAUGAAAUGCUCCACUGGUCUUCGAUUUAAUCAAGAAACAAAACAAUGUGAUUGGUUAAACGUAUAAUCCAAUGAAAAACGCUAAAAUGCGUUAAGUCGUAUUAUUCUUUGUCUUAAAAACAAUUUUUAAUAACAAUAAACUUGGAUUUUAAAGCAUA